AUGUGGUGUCCCAGACCAAAUGAAUACUUGUUUGCUGUACCAAAUUGUCUGACUUACUACAGAGGACAUCAGUGUCUCAGACAGCUCGCAGAUGAGUGUGGUGCCAAGAGGCCAGAGUAUCUACGAUCAACUCAACUGCGCAAAGACAUAGCGACCACAUCACAAAUCCUGAACUUGAAGAGCAAUGAACUAGAUCAGCUUGCUGAUUUUAUGGGGCACGAUAUAUCAGUACAUAGACAGUUCUACCGUCUGUCAGAGCCUACCAUACAGAGUGCCAAAAUUUCCAAGUUGCUCCUUGCACUGGAAAAGGGAAAGAUGCAUGAGCUUAAAGGAAAAUCUCUUGACGAAAUUGAAGAUGUCACAGAUGAUGAUGAUGAGAGUGAGGAGGAACAAACAUUCACAACAAACAUUCACAACAAAGCAGAGGUAGAUUGUCCUCGUGAACUGAACGACAUGGACACUCCUGAUGCAGAUGGACUCCCUCCUGUACAUAAUGUACGCAAAGACAAGACACGAAGACCAUGGACCAAAGCAGAAGAAAAAGCUGUGCUGAGACAUUUCAAGUCUCACAUAAUUAAAGGUCAUUUAGCAUCAAAGAAGGAGUGUGUGGUUUGCAAAGAAUGUGAACAGCCAGCACUGAAAAAUAGAACAUGCCAAAACAUUAGAGACUUUGUGAGAAACAAGGGGCUGACUUUUAAGCGCCAAAACCGCCACCCACACUAAAAAACAAUAUGUGUGCAGCCAGCGUUGUGACGAUAAACAAAAAAUAAUUUUCAAUUAAUAAUCGUUAUAUUAUACAUUAUAUAUUAUUAAGUGUAAUUUUUUAAAAUGUUUUUCUGGGAAGUUGCCGGUAACAUCUGGCGGGGGGACAGCCAAUGUAAAUCAGCCUCUGGCUGCAAUUGGGGUGCAAUAAUGUUGUUUUUUUUCCAAUAUGUUCAAUGUUGCACAUUGUCCCUUUGAAAUAAAUGAAUUGAAAUUGAAAUCUCCUAAUUGUGAAAGUUAAUGUUCUCAAGAAUAGUUACAUCAAUAUGCAAUGCUACACAAAAAAUUUAAGGCUUCAAAUAGCCCGUGAUCAGUAUCGGUUAUCGGCCCAAAAAAUCCUGAUAGGAUCACCUCUAACGUCGACUACAUUUUUAUGGGUGAGUAAGGCUCCAAUACAACAACUGGUGCAUUUGCACUCCAUUUUUUGUGUUGUCUUUUUAGACUAUAUCUAUGGUGUCAUACAACAGCUUGUGUUUGUCAAGUUUCUUACUCUUCCUUAACAUGCCAAACUUGAAAGGCCUAGAAAAAAACAGAUUACGUGCAGGAAACUCAGUUCAUUUUCUUUCUUUUCUGAAUUUAUUCACUCAGAAUUGUCUAUUUCAGGUUGAUAACCUCAACCAAUCAAAAGCAUUAUCAGCUUCUAAAAACAAUUAGAAACAAUAUUAAACAAUCCAUUAAAAAAGCACGAUUAUCGUUACUUUACGUGCUGUUAGAGAUUUUAAUCAUGCAGCCCCAUGCAUCAGUGGAGAGAGUAGACAUAAGUCCAGGAUGUCUUGCGUUGAAAAUGUUUAUUUACUAGAUCAAGGAGAAGUGAAUGAAUGAUCAGUACACAUUAAGUUCUGAUGCUCCUUUCAAUUCUAAAGUGUGUGUCCUCUGGGGAAACCAAACAGAUAAUGCCAAAAGUUUGAGACAUGCCCAAAUAUGGGCAGAUCCAACACAUCUACAAUAUACAGAAUUUACUAUACCGGUCCAUAGACAAAACUUUGCUUAGAUGCCCGUCAGGACCUUUGUCCUCCAUCCAACAUAAUAUCAAACCUCUGACUCCAGUAACCAUUACCUCAUUUAGGGAAAACAGUCAAUCACAUAUCUGGCCUUGGCUGCUCACAUUGAAAAAGUAAUGGUUGACAUUCAGUCAUUAAUUUGUCAUCCAAUUAUUAAUCUAACUCAAAAAGUUUUGUUAUUUUGGCUAAAAAUUUCAUAACAAAUUAAAGACCACUGAGAAUGAAAAUAACUAAAAAUGAGGAUUGU